UAUAUCCUAUUCUACAAUUUAGGAAUUGAGUAGACAGAGCGGUAAAUUUACAGGAAUUGAUAGAUCAUUACAUAUCUAACAAUUAAUUACGUGAAAAGAGUCCGUUUAUUGGAAAUUGUUAAAAUUAAUGACUUAAAAUUAAAACAGCUGGAAAUAUUUAUCAACAUGAAACAAACUUGUACGUAGAGAUCUUGUGUUACAAAAAUUUUUUAAUGAUAUAUUUAAAAAUUAUAUACAAAACACGUCGGUAAGAGAAACUCUCCCCGGAGGAAGGAUUUAUCUCGUGCGCCGUUCGAUGGCAGCGUAGUGGCGUAUCGCCGUUCGCACGGCGUUCUAUGUAUCCCGUAAACGGCUUUCCGGUGUGGCGUGUUCGUGGUUAUUUGUUAUCACAAUUUUCUCUCUCUCUUCUUCACUCUGUAUACGUGUGUGUACGCGUCGAUUAUCUGUCAUCCGUCGUCCCUCCAACGCUCGACCGUCGUCGGUACGCAGGAGAGACACAGAGAAGAAGAAGGAAGUAAACUCGCGGACUCGAGAGACUUCGGGAGAGAGAAAAAAGUCGUCGCCAGUCGCAACGCUCCACUGCAGAUCCGCUCGCAUGACGGUGACACCCACGUCGGCGGGUCGAGCGGAAUCGCACGCGGAAUGACGCGCUCGCGGCUGUCACGCUCGUGAGUGAACGGGCCAGACGGACACACGGGACGGACGGGGAAUCGCCGACGUGGUGUCGUCGCGCGAACAUGUCACCGCAGCCAUCCCGGCGAGGGGAUCGCGAGCAGAAGAGAACGACAGACUUGAGCCGCGCCGCGGGGUUCGCCGCGCCCGGAUCUCGGGGGCUUCAGCAGCAGAGCAUUAGCAUCGGGAAAGCCGUAAACGCGACGGAGACGCCGGUCAAGGAGAAACAUGUUCGAAGUGCCAUUAUUGGUACAUACCGAGAGAAGAGCGGCAGCAUCUUCUGGACGUAUAUGCUGAGACAACCGUUGCAGGAGAAUCAGAUCGUUGCGUGGAAAUUUUGUCAUGUUCUGCACAAGGUGCUGCGCGAGGGGCAUCCCCGGGUCGUCGUCGAUUCCCAGCGGUAUCGCGGCAAGCUGGAGGACAUCGGGAAGCUCUGGCAACACCUCCGAGAGGGCUACGGUCGUCUCAUACAGCUGUACGCAAGACUGCUAAUAACUAAACUAGAUUAUCACAAGCGGAAUCCGCGCUUACCGGGGAAUUUGCAAGUAACGCCGGAAGAGCUCGAAGCAAUUGGAGAAAAUGAUAUUAAUAUAUACUUCCAGAUGUCUGUCGAAAUGUUCGAUUAUAUGGACGACAUCUUGAACUUGCAGCAUGCAGUUUUUGGUUCUCUGGAUCUAUCCCGAUCGAAUUCGAUGACACCGUGCGGCCAGUGUCGACUCGCGCCUUUAAUUCCGUGCAUCCAGGACGCGUCGCAGCUGUACGAUUGCUGUGUGAAAAUCCUGUUCAAACUCCACGGCGCGCUGCCGGCGGACACGUUAACCGGACACCGCGAUAGAUUCUCGAAGCAAUUCCACGAGCUGAAGAGCUUUUACAAUACCAUCAAACAUAUGCAGUAUUUUAAACAUUUGAUAGCAAUUCCGUCGUUACCUGAGAAGCCACCCAACUUUUUAAUACAAGCCGAGUUGAGAACGUACGUCACGCCGAUAGUGGUACUUCCGCCCGAAGCGUCUAUAGAUGCCGAGACUGCCAUAGAAAACCUUAUCGAUACAUCCGAUACAGGGUCGUUGACGGGCGAUCAGUUGGAUUCUGUGAAUACGCGAAACGGCUCAAUAUCUCCUGAUACUCUUGCAGAAAGAGACAGCCUUAUCGAUCAUUUGUAUCAAGAAAAUGUUCGUCAGAGGCAAGAAGUAAAUCACUUGUUAAUGGACCAUCAGCAAAUAGUUGCGGAAUUUAGAAAUCGUGUUCUAGAAUUGGAGUCGACUCUUUCUACUAAAAGUAACGAGAUUGUAAUGGAGAAGCAGACUUGUCAGAAAUUAAUAAAGGAAAACGCAGCUACGGUACUAAAAGUUCAAGAAAUUGAAGGAAAAAAUGAAGUUUUAGAGGAAAAGUUUAAGAAACUCAAGGAUGUUUAUUCCAAACUGAGAGAAGAGCAUAUCGGUUUGAUCAGAAAGAAAGCUGAACUCGACAAAGAAUUUGGAGGAAUAAAGAUAGAGCGAGAGCAAUCUGAACGUCGGACGUUGAAAGCGGAAGAGCGAUUGCAAGAGUUGCUUCAAGGGCAAGCGUCGACGGAACAGGAGACGCAGAGAGUGGCGCAGGCGCGCGAGGAUUUGGAGGAUGUGAGGAAGAAACUUGACGCUGCUCAAACUGAAAAUUUGGCGUUAAUAGCAAAGAUAGAUUUUAUUACGUCCGAGAAAACGGCUUUGGAAGGCGAUCUCCAUGAUUUGCUGGUACAAAAGGAAGAGUUGGAUUUACGAAUAGUAAAUCUGGAAACUGACGCCGAACGGUCCCAUAAUCAGAUGAAAACGGAGACCAACACGAUUUUGUACGAUUUAUUACUGAAUGCUAUAUCGGAGGCGGAAUCUAUCUUGCAUCACGCGAUGCAUGCGAUCGAUAAUCCGGCCAUAUCGGCGCUAACUUGCACGCCCGAUUAUCUCGCAAGUUUGUUCGAGCCGACCGAAAAAUCGUUUAAUGAUUUGGAGGAGGCAUACAACACUUAUAUGCUCGAUACAACGAAGGGAAAAACGUUAAUUCGCACCGCCGUGCAUAGCGCAUACUUUCUGGCUCUCUAUCUGAUAUACGCAAAAUCUACUUCGAAUACAUCGACGGAUAUUGGUCUGGCCGACAGAUUUGCCGAUGAAUGCAAACAAUUAGGCUCGCAAGGUUUAAUUAUGUUGAGUUAUGUCAAAGAGAAGUCCUCAAUGACCGGUGCGCAAAUUGCAAAUGUCAAAAGUCAAUUACAAAAGAUUUCGUCUCUCAUAAGUACGUUAUCGACUACUCAGAACAAUGUGGAAAUUAUCGGAACUUUAGUAGAAAGCGAGUUGCAGAGUAUGGAUAAAGCUAUAGAAGAAACGGUUGCAAAGAUACAGGACAUGUUGGAUAAAUCUCGCGCGGCGGACUCGGGUUUGAAACUAAAAGUGAACGAGCAAAUCUUGGAUUCCUGCACGGAUCUAAUGAAGUGCAUAAGAAAAUUAGUGCAGAAGUCUCGCUUUCUGCAGAAAGAGAUUGUGGAACAGGGACGGGGAACCGUUUCCGCAACUGAGUUUUACAAACGUAAUCAUCAGUGGUCUGAGGGUCUUAUCUCGGCGGCGAAAGCGAUCGCUAUGGGCGCAAACUUUUUGUUAGAAGCGGCGGAUAAAGUUGUGUUGGGCAACGGCAAAUUCGAGCAGUUGGUUGUUGCCUCGCAAGGAAUUGCGGCAUCCACCGCGCAACUGGUGGUUGCCAGUAGAGUAAAGGCUGACAGAAAUAGUAACAAUUUGACUGAACUCUCUAAGGCUUCGAGAGAGGUGACUCAAGCUACAGCGAACGUUGUGGCGACUGCUAAAAGCUGCAAUCAUCUUGUCGAGGAGAACGAAGAUCUAGAUAUGUCUAAUCUGAGCUUACAUCAAGCUAAACGACUCGAAAUGGAGGCGCAAGUGCGAAUCUUGGAGCUGGAGCAGGCUUUGGAAACCGAGAGAUUACGUCUAUCCGCUCUUCGACGUUAUCAUUACCAGCUUGACGGUGAGAACGAAGCGUAAGCUGAGAGAGAGAGAGAGAGCAUGGAUUUGAAUAUAGAUUAAAGAUAUUCAACCAACGCGAAAAAUUGUAUGUAGAUAAAAGGAUUGUAGCAACCGUGUAAAUUAGUCUCGACUAACCAUGAUAGAGAUCGGUUUCUCCGUUAGAAGUGAAACUUUUAUUAUUCAUUUACUACUAUCAGCAUUUACGUAUUAUGCAUGUCUCGAAGAUCAACGAUAAUUUUCCGUCGUAUUAUAGGGAUCGAUUAAAUGUACUUUAUUGAAUAUGAUGCUCGAGUAUAUCGAUCGUAUAUCGAAUGAU